AAGUGGGGAAUGGGAGAAGCAUGCCCAUUUCAUAAUUGAAGGAAUCGGAUCUGGGCUGGUGCGGAAUCAGCCGAUGCCGAGGUUCAGUUAAACAAUACAGCAGGUGGUUUCCCCUUGGCGCUUUUUUCUCUUUCUCUAUCUCUCCUUUUUUUUUUUUUUUCGGCCCCCUUUUUGUCCCAGCCAAAAGAGGAAGAAGCAAACAAGGCGAGGUUGUUAGGUACUUUUAAAGAGGGAAAAGGAUGUCGAAUUCCAUUUCUCUCCCGGCAUUCAAUUCCGAUUGACUAGAAAAGUUUAGCUGGAUCAAGGAUUAGCGUUGGCGGUUCUGGAGUUCUGAGGAGAAGUCCAAAAUAAUUGAUGGCGUAUAGGAGGAGGCAGCAAUUAGGUAAGGCUUCCACUUUCAAAGAAGAAAUUGGGAGUCCGUAUAAUCCAGCGCCUCCUCCUCCGCUGCAGCUACCGGACGAUGUUGACGGCGACGGCGGCACUUCAUCGCCUUCCGCAUCCUCUCUCGCUGCUAAAGCAAUCAGAGCCUCUUCUGCUCAUCGCGACUCGUCUCUCUCGUCCGCCUUCUCCUCUCCUCGCGACUCCAAUCCCCUUCGAUCCUCGUCUUCUUCCUCUUCCUCGCCCAAGGGGUUUUCCAGCUAUGAGUAUACGUCAAUGAAAAGCUUGAAUGAACCUAAACAAGGAUUUUGGGGUGUACUUGCUAGAAAAGCUAAAGCCAUUAUAGAUGAUGAUAAUGCAUCCCAACAGCAUGAAACACCAGGAAGGACAACACCGCAGAUGUCUGGUAGAGCAACUAGAGGCCAGUAUGAUGGGACAUACUCGUCAUAUGAAAGCCGUCCGAAGAAAGACAGCCCUACUUUACAAAAGGGACUAGGUGCUCUGGCUUCUUCGCUUAAUUACAUUGGCGGGACGAUUGGAAAUGCAUUAGAAGAGGGUCUUGCAGUUGUGGAGAAUCGCACUGCAGACAUCAUUCAAGAAACACGCAAGCUGCAAAUUAGGAAAAAAGGAAGUGGUUCUAUACCUGAGAACCAGACUUCGAAUACUGGUAGUUUUCGGCAACAACCAUUGGGCCAGACCCAUGUGCAACCCCGGACACAUGCAGAAUUGGAAAUCCAAUUGAAAGCAUCUCGCGACGUUGCAAUGGCAAUGGCUGCAAAGGCAAAACUUCUUUUACGGGAACUGAAGACUGUCAAAGCAGACCUAGCUUUUGCUAAAGAGCGCUGUGCUCAGCUGGAAGAAGAAAAUAGAAUUCUCAGAGAAAGUCGUGAAAAAGGAGACAACCCAGAAGAUGAUGAUUUGAUACGGCUUCAACUUGAGACACUUUUAGCUGAGAAAGCUCGCCUGGCUCAAGAGAAUUCUGUUUUUGCACGGGAGAACCGUUUUCUGAGGGAGAUUGUCGAAUACCACCAGCUUACCAUGCAGGAUGUUGUGUACCUUGAUGAAGGGACUGAGGAGGUCACUGAAGUUUACCCUGUUAAGGUGCCUUCGACCUCUAAUCUCCUAUCGCUUGGAACAACGCCACCUUCAUUACCACUGUCUCUGGCAUCUCCAUUUGCUUCUCAUGAUGCAACUCCAUUAGUGACUCGUGAUAUUGCGGUGCAUCCAGUUCCAUCCUCGGAGCCCAAAGACGUCUUCCAAUCUGUCACCCCACUUAGUUCCUAUAUCCCUAUGCCAAAUGAAGAUCUGGGGAGACACUAAUUUAUUUGCUUGGAUGGACUUUGUCUGAUUUUUCUCCUUCAACAGAGGUUUGAUGAAACAAAAGCAUGGCCAUUGUGGUUGAAUCGGACAAAGCAGCUUUCAGAUGUGGUCGUGAAUGCUUGCGUUUUGGAUGCGGUUACUUUCAGGGGAUUCGUUAGAUUAUUCGCAUUCUGAUGCUUCUUGUUGCGUAUUUUUACAUCAUUCUCUGGAUUGUUCCAGUGCUUAGAGCUCAAUCAGCUGCCGAAUUAUCUGCGCGCUCACUAGAUUCACUACUUCAAGACUAUGCUUUCAGGGCGUUGGUUGUUCGGCCCAGAACGGGCAUUGUCUACGAUGGCAACGUGCCAUCCAACUUGACAGGGAUUAAGGUUGCAGCAUUGAGGCUGAGAAGUGGGAGCUUGAGAAGAAGAGGGGUUAACAGCUAUAAAGAAUUUCAUAUUCCAAUUGGUGUUUUGGAGCAACCUUAUGUUGAGAGGCUUGUGUUGGUCUAUCACAACUUGGCAAAUUGGUCUUCCUUGUAUUACCCUUUACCUGGUUACACAUAUUUGGCACCAAUUGUGGGUCUCCUGGCUUAUGAUGCAGUCAAUUUGUCAGCCAGAAAUCUACAGGAAUUGGACAUCCGAGCCUCCAAAGAUCCCAUAACUAUCCACCUACCGAACGUCCAACUGGUGCCUGAAGGAUUGUCGCCAAAAUGUAUUUCUUUUGGUUUGGAUGGCUCAUUUCAAUUUGACAAUGUCAUUAACCGGAGUGCCUGUUCUGCUGCAAAACAAGGCCAUUUCUCUAUAGUGGUUGAGUUCACAGCCCCGGCUCCGGCUUCGGCUCCAGCUCCUGGUGGAGGUACCGGUAGACAGGGAGGCGGCGGUGAGAAGAACAAUCACAAAGUCUGGAUAAUCGUUGGGUCUGUGGUUGGGGGAGUGCUGCUGCUGCUACUGCUAUGUAUUCUUCUUGCUUGUCUGAGGAAGUAUAGACGGCGAAGAAACAUACAGAGAAUGGAGGAAGCAGCAGAGAGAGGGGAGCCCUUGCUAAUGGCAAAUGUUGGAUUUACGAAGGCGCCAGUGGCAUUGGAGACUCGAACUAGACCAUCAUUGGAAGAUGAUUACGUGCCCUAGUAUUUGGUUCUUGCUUGACAAUACGUUUCUGGUAAAAGUAAAACUUCAAUUCGUGACAUUAUUGAUUUAACACAAUUCUUUUUUCAAAGAUGUGAUUUUUCUUGAUUUUGAUCAAAGGCAAUAUUAUUGUUGCACUCCCUAUUCGAUUUC